GAGAAACACCGCUGAGAUGGGCUGACCAAACCAAUGACGGAGAGCUCGACGUAAUGGGCGAGCCGGUUGUGACAGAGCCGCAGGAGGCUUUGAAGACAGGAACCUCGAGCGGACGACGAGAAGCGACGAGACGACGUUCCCCCAAGUAUGAGCGGAGGGAGACCAUGGAGGAUAGGCACAUGGACGACUGGAGAGAGAGUUCGAGGGAAUCGUAUUGGAGGGACAAAGACAGGGAUAGAGCACCUCCAAGGCUAGUCUUCGACCCCCAGACCGGGGAGUCACAUCCGCUCCCUUAUGAGAGCAAGGAUCACUAUAUUAUUACGCACAAGGCCUCGAAGCCUCCUACUUUCAGGGGUUAUGGCAUCACAGAAUAUCUGGAAAAGUGGGAACUUCACGUCAUCCGGAGUCAGUGGUCGGAGGAAGAGAUUAUAGAGAACUUCCUAUUUAAUGUAGAUCCAAGUCUCGGCAAGGAAGUUAAGGAAGCCCGACCCAAGGAUGGGAAAUGGACUACGUACAAAAAAAACCUCAUAGAGCUUUACAAAUUGGAGGAUAACAAGUACUCCAUCAAGGACCUCGAGACAAUGACCCAAGAUGAAGAUGAGAGCGUACGGGCAUUUGGGAUGCGCUUCCAGAAGAUCUUCGACGUGCUGAUGAAGAAGGGGAAGAUCUCGGAGGUCGAGCGCUGUACUAUCUUCAUUGGACACCUGUCCAAAGGUAGACAAAAGAGUAUACUUAGAGAUCUUCCGCGGGACAAGCUUGGCCUCCCAGAAGUCCUAAAGCUCGAGAUAAAGGCAGAGGCAGACGACUAUAAGGACUUGGUGUGGAGAGGGAUGAGGAGACGUGACUUCUCUCUCUACAAGGAGUAUGCCACUGAUAGAUGUCCUGAUUUCAAGGCAUAUCCCUGGCCGGAAAAGAAUAAAGCUGUGACCGAGGAUCCCCGAACGCUGACUGAUUAUCGUGCGAGGGAAAGGGAUAGAGACGAUGAACCAUGGCGGCGUAGGGAUGAUGAGAUAGACCGGGACCGCAGGACUCGGGAGAUGUACGGGCGUGCUAGGCGACUGGAUGACUACUCACGUAGCCCUCGCUAUGAGCCUGACGGGGGUAGAGGCGACUCUCGAGGCCGGUGGGAGUCGGAUCAGGACCGACGAGACGGAUACAAGGAUGACAAAUAUGCGAGAUCGGACCGAGAUGGACAUAGAGACGACAGAUAUGAGAGGACGGAUCGAGACGAAUACAGGGGCGGCAGAUAUGAGAGAGGGGAUCGACCCGAUGAUUCACGAGGGCGGUACGACCGAGAUGACCGGCGUGAUGAUUCGCGCGGGCGGUACGACCGAGGAGACCGACGAGAUGAUUCACGCGGGCGGAAUGAGAGAGGGGGAUAUGGCGCUUCGGCUGAUCCGUAUCCAAAGUCCCCUGACCACAGAGCAGCCAGGGGUUCGACUUCUAGGAGCGCAGACGAUAGGCCGCCCACUCCCAUGAACUCUUGCGUCUACUAUAGAAGGGAUAAUCAUAUCAAGAGAGACUGUCCGGAUCUCAAACGGGCGAUAGAUGAGGGACUUGUCGUGCUUGACGACCUCAAGUACGUCAAGUGGGCAGAUGAUCUGGGAGAUGUAUCGAUGUUCCCUUCGAUGAAGGAGAAUGUCGAAGCAAGGAGAGUAAAGCCGAGUAAAGGAAAGGAGCCGGUCAGGAGCCAGAGCAUCAAGAUAACUUUUGAGGGGGAUAUGGCGACCACACCCAUAAGAGUGGCAGCCACCAAGUCGGCGAGAGGGUCUACAUCGAAGAAGACUGACACGGAUUACGUGAUGGCGGAGAAGGACGGACGACGGAUCGAGGGAGAGGAAGUUAUUCUUUCGCCGCGGAAGCGGGGAGUGAAGAAGUUCUUGGUGAAGAGUUCGCUGGACGAGAUUGACAUGGUCGAGCCACAGAGGCGGGCCCUUCGGCAGCCCAUGCAGUGCUUUAUUCUGGAGUACCUGGCGGCAUCGAAGCCUGCUCGCGAUGAGUUACAGAUGGUCACGUGGAAGACUCGCAUACCUCUAUCAGAGGAGGCUCAAGGGGCCCCUAAGGCGGAAACUCCUACUGUAGCAGUAACGGGGGUUGCACUAGAGCUCGAUAGGUCAUACCUAUUCGAGAUAGAGCCGACUGAUGGAAGAAAGCAACAGAUCACUGGGGUUUGUCACAAGGCAGCCAUAGAGGUACAAGGGGUACGAGUGACCCUGCCUGUUUUUGCAGUCAAGAACUGCAGCUCCGACCUGCUUUUGGGACGAACGUGGUUGAGCCACGUGCAUGCAGUGACGAUAGAGCGACCGGAUGGGAGCCAGACAUUGUCCAUUAAGAAGCUAGACGGGACGCAGGUAAUGAUUGAGACAGUGGAGCCUCGGGAUCCGAGGAACAGAGCAACUCUCGCUGUGGGUGCAAGACCCAGUGAUCAAAUUAAGUUAUUACCUAUCUCCGGCCGCGAGGUGCGAUUUCGCGAGAAGAAGUAUGGACCACUGCUCACAGAGGAAGAAGGUCGGAUCGUGGAGGUAAAAGAUUUAGGGAGUCGGCUGAUAGUGGACGGGAACUCGUACCCAAAGGAGACAGAGCAGGAAUUUGGCGGGGUAGUAUAUGUCUUUUUUAAGGGCACGGCCCCCUAUGGGGGGCUACCCAAGCGACACAAGCGAGUAGCACAAAAAGUUAAACUAGCGGCGGUGGGCCGCGAGCGAUCUGCACUGGAAGGAAUAUCGGAAGAAGAGAUCGCAAAAGAAAUCAAAGAAAGAAAGAAAAAGGAGCCGCAACGCCUAACGGAAGAGAGGAUAGCAGGGAUGGACAUCGGAGAUGGGAAUUUGACCCCACAGGAGCGAGAACGUGUGAUAGAAAUCUUGAAGACAUGUGAUAAGGCAAUAGCUUUCAGCGACGCAGAGCGCGGUAGGGUUGACCCUCGAUACGCUAAGCCAGCGAGGAUUUACACGAUUCCACAUGUUCCUUGGAAUGACGCAGGAUGGAAGUACGCCAUGAAGGAGAAGGAAGAAAUUAUCGCUUUCCUGAAGGAAAAGAUGGUUUCCCAUGUUGCGGAACCGUCAGAUAGCGCUUAUGCAAAUCAAUAGUUCUUCCUACAAAAGCCGAAUGGCAAGAUCCGAUCGAUCCAGGAUCUUCAAAAGGUCAACGCGGUGACGAUACGAGACGU